GAAAUCACACAAUCCCAUCAGAUUUCAACUUUCAGUUCUCAGCCAUGGAACCGUCACGCUCAGCGAACUCGGGUUCCAAUUCAAAACGAACUUCAAAUUCAAAUAGCAAUCAAAGUAACAAGAAGAAGAAGAAGACGAUGACGAAUCAAAAGACCCUAGGCAUGGCUUGGGGUGCCAAUUCUCGUUCUGCUUCUCGUCCUUCCUUCAACAGUUCGCCUUUCUCCAAUUUUGGCAGUUACAUGGCCGUAAAGAAUCAAAAGCUUCACGAGCAGUUUGAUGCGGAGGCAUCAAGCACUUCUCUCAGUGGUCCAAGCUCUUCAAAACCUAUAUUUCAUAGUGUUUCCAUUUUUGUUGAUGGAUACACGGUUCCUUCCAGUCAGGAACUUCGAGGAUAUAUGUUGAAGCAUGGAGGCCGUUUUGAAAAUUAUUUUUCUAGGCGCCGUGUUACUCAUAUAAUCUGUAGUAAUCUUCCCGACAGUAAGGUCAAGAAUUUAAGGUCCUUUAGCAGGGGACUUCCAGUAGUCAAACCCACAUGGGUGUUGGAUUCUGUUGCUGCAAAUAGCCUUCUGAAUUGGGUUCCUUAUCAGCUUGAUCAGCUUGCAAGUGAAGCUAAUAACCAGCCUAAGCUUUCUGCUUUCUUUAUGAAAAACAUUGCUGUUUCUGAUGAUGCAGCAACAUGUUCAACUGGCCAAGCGACAUCUAGAGUUGAGAGCCCAUUGUCAUAUUCUGGACCAAUUAAAGAUCCUAUAUCCUUUGAAGAGUGGCAAUCUGCAGAAGAUUUGAAGCCUUGUACUCUAGAAUUUAAAGAAGAUCUAGUGCAAGAAAACUACAAUAUAGAUAGAGUUGAAGAGUCAAGUUGUGGCAUGGCAAUGCAAGAACUGAGUGAUGCUGCAAGUGGAGAUGGAAGCCAUGCUCCAUUUUCAGCACCUUCCAGUCCGCACAAUGAUGGAUCAGGUUGUAGCGACUGGACGAGUGAUCCUGUUAAAGAGGGACCAUCAAAUUCAAAGAUUCCUAGGUCUCCUAAUCAGGGACAUUCAACUCUAGUUGAUCCUAAUUUUGUGGAAAACUACUUUAAGUAUUCUAGGUUGCAUUUCAUUGGUACCUGGAGAAACCGGUAUUGUAAACGAUUUCCUAGCUCCCCUGGUGGGUUUAGAUGCACAAGUUCAGGCCCUAGUUCUUCAGCCACAGCAAAUAAGACGAUCAUUAUUCAUGUGGAUAUGGAUUGCUUUUUUGUGUCUGUGGUCAUUAGGAAGCGCCCUGAGUUGAAGGAUAAACCUGUUGCCAUUUGCCAUUCAGAUAAUCCACGCGGAACAGCAGAAAUAUCGUCAGCAAAUUAUCCUGCUAGGGGUUAUGGAGUAAAGGCUGGAAUGUUUGUCAGAGAUGCCAAGUCACGUUGCCCUCACCUAGUCAUACUUUCUUAUGACUUUGAAGCUUAUGAGGAGGUUGCUGAUCGCUUUUAUAACAUCUUGCACAAGUACUGCAACAAAGUGCAAGCCGUAAGUUGUGAUGAAGCUUUUGUAGAUGCCACUGAUUCUGGAGUAGAGGACAUUCAAGCUUUUGUCUCAGUGAUUAGAAAGGAGAUUCUUGAGGCAACAGGCUGUACUGCUAGUGCUGGUAUCGCUGGGAAUAUGCUUAUGGCUCGUCUUGCUACUAGGAUUGCAAAACCUGAUGGGCAGUGUUACAUCCCUGCUGAGAAGGUGGAGGAGCACCUGUGUGAACUUCCAGUAAAAGCACUUCCUGGAAUUGGUCAUGUGUUGGAAGAGAAGUUGAAUAGGAGACAAAUCACAACUUGUGGGCAGCUGCGUAUGAUUCCCAAGGAAACUCUCCAGAAGGACUUUGGUUCUAAAACCGGCACUACGCUAUGGAACUAUAGUAGAGGGAUAGAUGAUCGGUUGGUUGGCAUGAUACAGGAAAGCAAAUCCAUAGGUGCAGAUGUUAACUGGGGCGUGAGGUUCAAGGAUCUGAAAGAUGUACAACAUUUUCUGUUAAACCUUUGCAAGGAGGUUUCAUUACGUUUGCAGGGGUGUGGAGUGAUAGGCCGGAAGUUUACCUUGAAGAUAAAGAAAAGGAGGAGUGAUGCAGGGGAGCCAGUAAAGUAUUUGGGCUGUGGUGUUUGUGAUAACUUGAGCCAUUCUGUCACGGUGCCAAUGGCUACAGAUAGCGUUGAUGUGCUUGAGAGAAUCGUUUCACAGCUUUUUACUACUUCACACAUUGAUGUGGAGGACAUAAGAGGCAUGGGAUUGCAGGUCUCAAAGCUUGAAACUGCGGAUAGUUCCAAACAAGGGAAAGAGAAAUAUUCCAUCAGAUCUUGGCUCACUUCUGCCUCUGCUAAGACGGGUCACCAAAAAGGUGCUGAUGCAGAUAACGGUAAAAACAGUAUUGGUGAACGACAGGCUCAGUUGCAGGGUGAUCCAAGUACACCUUUCAUUGAAAUAAGUGCAGCUUCGCCCUCCGGUACUGCUGGUUUUGGACAGAGCGGAACUCUUCCUCCUAUGAACGAGCUUGAUAUAGGAGUUAUAGAGUCUCUUCCUCCUGAGGUCUUUUCAGAAAUUAAUGACAUGUAUGAUGGAAAAUUGGCUCAUUUUAUUAUUGAAAAUAGAAGCAAAGGUGUAUCAGAAAAAGAAAACAUAUCUUCUGUUUGCCCUGAUGCACCAGAUGAAGCUUUUGCUGCUCAUGAGGAGCAGCAGUAUAAUGAAGAGGAAAUCCAAGUAGUCUCUUUUCCUAAUAAGCUUUUUGGUGAUAUGAAAAGUGAGCCAGUGUCUGAUGCUAGUGUACCCAAUCCGGACGUGGUUGUUAAUGCUCCUGUCUCGGGAGGCAUCAGUCUAAUGCCCACUUCUCUAAGUCAAGUAGACACCUCGGUUUUUGAAGAAUUGCCUGAGGAGUUGAGAACAGAUAUACUUGAACUCCUUCCUGCACACAGGAACAAUGAAUCUUCACUAGAUGCUUCAUUGGUCUGUUCUGAUAAUACGAACAGCAGUCCUUCUAUUUCAAGCAUUGAUUUGUGGGUUGGGAAUCCACCAGAAUGGGUUGAAAUAUUCAAAGCCAGCAAUUGUCAGAUUUUGCGCGUUUUGGCAGAGAUGUAUCAGAGAGCAGGAGCACUGAAACAGUUAUCUGCUGUAUUGCAGAGGACUAUGUCUCAGGUUUAUAUUCUCCCCGAUGUCAGCACUGAUGGAUGGGCUGAGGCUGUUAGUUGCUUAUGCGAGCUUAUCAAGCAGUAUCUAAAAUUAAAAAUUUCAACUGAUAUUGAAGAGGUUUACAUUUGUUCUUGCCUUUUAAGAAGGUUAACUGCAAGGUCAAAAAUUUUCCUAGAUGUUUACAACGACUUGCUUCCUCAUUUUCAGAAAGGAAUCCUAGGAGUCUGCAUUUGUCUGUACUUUGGCGUUAUUGGUCAGGCCUCACUCCACUGUAAAUGCUGGUUGGAUAGAGGAGCAGUUUCCAUGGUUGUGGAUUGCUCUGAUGCAGUGUUGAGGCAGAAAGAUGCAAGGUGCUAAGUUCAUGGUUGACCAUGCACCUUAAAUUAAGUGCUAAAAAGAUUGCUUGAGAGAUCAUUGGACUUCUUGGAUGGUAAUGUCUUAUAAUUUUGAUAUGAUUAUAUCUAUCUUUAAUUGUGAAGAAGUUUGUAUGAUUCCCCUGCAAAUUUGCACGCGAAAAUAAUGUGAUUGUUUAGGCACCCACACGUUUUAGUUUAAUAAUUGAGUAGAGUUUCUUCUUCCUUCUCGGUAUGUGCGUCUUUGAUACACUCGUAUUUAUAUCUGUUGUACCCGAAUAUUGCCUGUUGUUAUUGUCCUACAUGAGUGAGUCCCUUUCUAUUUCACUCUGAUACUCUUACCUUAACCAAUAAAUAUCAUAAUGGCUUCGUUUGUGGGAUACUCUACCUUAACAAGGCGCUAUAUUUGUAGGUUUGCUGAGAUUGUUGAGUUGUUGUAAAGGUAUACUAUUUGAGUGUGGUUCUGUAAGUACAAACUAUUUAAGUCUCUGUUGAAAGGCUAAAAUAUUGAUGUUCAGAAAAGGAUUUGGACACUUUCCUGGAAGUGUGUUUGGUUACCAAGCUUCGGUUUCAAAUUAAAUAUGCUCAGUUUGCCAUUAUGCAGUCCAGUACACAGUUAAUUAAACAUUCCUUUAGCUGACCCCGAUAAAUUUAGGAUCGGAUAUUGGGUCGCGGGUUGCUCCAUGUGGGCUGACCCGACCAGGUUAGUAGAGAUAAAGAAUAAAAGGGGUUAUUAAAUAUGUGAGAAGUAAAGAAUAAAAGAGGUUAUUCGGAGCGAACUAUUCAGGUUCUUAAGGAUAUGCUUCGUGCGUGUGUGAUAGAUUUCGGUGGGGAUUGGGAUCAGUUCUUGGGUAUGACAGAUUCUUGAAAAAAGUUGGUUGAAAAAUAAUUCAUUUUAUUGUGUUUGCUUGUCAUAAGAUAUUAGCAAAUGACUUUUCUUACUUCUCAACUGUAGUAUUCUCGCAGUUCCGGUAACUUUAUGACUUCAUAUCCAUCGCUUAAACAUUAUUAUCCAUCUUUAAUGUUCAAGAAGUUACCAGAAGGUAUGUCGUUUUUUCGGAAAUACCUUUUCUCAUACCGAACGCACCGUGUUUUUUAUUUUUCAUGUUAAUGAAGAUGGAAUAUUUUGUGCUGGAAACAGGUAGAUAAUUUUUGAAUUUGUUUGGUCCACAGGUAGAAACUUUGUUUACAUGAAAAACAUUGGCCUGUCACAGUCGUAAUUGAAGCAUAUAUGCAAGCGUCAGCCAGCACCUGAUCUGGCCGUGAAAAUUAAAGAAUACCUGCUCGUGCUCAUCACGUUUUGCCGUCGCAUUUUUCAAACAGCGUGCAAUAUAUGUACGACUGUUGACCCAGUUCACAGUUGAAAUCGCACUGUUGGUUUUCAAAAUUCUUGAUUUAAAUACAUGUGAGGCUCAAAGGUGGAUCCAGCAUUUGAAUUUAGAAGUUUUGAAUUUUAAAGCAUGGCUUUAAGUGUUAAUGACUGGAUUCUAAAUUUAAUGUGUACAUAUUUAACGAACUUUUCAGCACAAGCAUACUGUUUGAGUAUAGGUUAUUGGGUUCAACUGAAUCCGUAUCUGAAGUUUUACCUCCGCCCCUGGUGGUGCCCCAACAUUUAUCUUUUGAAAUGUUUCCUUAUCUCAGUUACAAGGAUUUGCUAGCCGUCUUGCUUGAAUUUUGAAUUGGCUUAACACGUCGUCAGUGCACUCUAGUAAUAUUCAAACUUCAUCAACUA